AUGCAAAACGAAGUAAUAAGGAAGAAGCAUGUUUAUGGACAUUUUGGAGUUAGAAAAACAGAAGAGCUUGUGAGUCGAGAGUAUUAUGUUGAGAAUCUGAAGGAGAGAAUUAGAAAAGUUAUAGAUAAUUGUGUAGAAUGUAUUCUGAUUGAACAGAAAAAAGGAAAGAAAGAAGAAUUCUUAUAUCCAUUAGACAAAGGUGAUGUCCCGUUGUCGACGUAUCAUAUUGAUCAUCUUGGUCCAUUCACGUCUACUAAUAAAAAUUAUAAGUACAUUUUGACGGUAGUUGAUGGCUUUACCAAAUUUACUUGGAUCUAUCCUACAAAAUCUUUGUCCACAGAUGAAACGUUGGACAAACUGAGAGUGCAAUAA